ACAUCGCGUAUAACCUAUUGUGCGAUAUAAAAAGAGGCCUUUAUGAAAUAAAUCGUGUCACGUUGAAUUAAUUAUUUACCGACAAAGAAAUUUAAUAACUAUGUUUUCGCAAUAAACAAUUGCGGUAUCUCUAACAGUUUUCGGGCAAUUCGGGCGAAUUUAUAACACAGCUGUUUUAUGGUUUAAAAGCUUGUCAUCCUUUAUAAACGUUUAAUUAUUUAACACAACAUAAAAAGAUACUUUCAUAGUACACUGUAUUCUAGCUUUUUACGCUAAAUAAUCGUUAAAUAAUUAAAUCAUAAAAGAUCUUUUAAAUAUAAAACAGUGUUAUAAAUUGAAAUUCUAUUCGUGUAUAGUGAGACAUUUAUUUCGAUGUACGGACUGUUAUGUAUCAUUUCCGAGACCAUAUAUUUCUUUGAAGCAACAUCAGUACUGCAGAAUCAUAUAAUGCAGCAUGCUGAGAGCAGAACGACUGGUGCUCGUGACAUGUCGCUAUAUUACAAGACUCCGUUGAUGUUUAUCGUGCAUGUAAAGAAGACGCAUGAUACAUUCGAAACUACAAAAUUCGCACGUUUUUCCAACAGCAUCUGUCGAUCCCUCCAUAGUGAUUCUGAAAAAUCCUAACCCGGAUUUACGCCGGGAAGUUUCCCAGGCCACAAAACUGUCGGGGGCGGACGGUUAUUUUGCGCGCCCUAUUCUUUGCCAUACGAAUGCCCGCUAGUAUACCCAAAGGCACAAUUAUUUCUCGUGGAAUGCUUUCACAUUUUCUGGAACGAAUUGACACCCUUAGCACAAGCAAUAUGACGUAAUAAGAAUAACCAAUUAAUGACGGGAGUCGAUAAGUCAUUCUCUGAAAACGAGGGAAGAACGAUAACCAAACGAUUACGAUACAAUCAAACGGAAUGCUUUUCAUGCCGUUUUUCCGCUUAUGCGUGUGAUGUAUCGGGUGUUCUAAGCAUGUAUUAAUAUAAUAAAUAUCUUCACCAAAGUUCAUAAUUUAUUGUGAACUUUAUUAACUUAUACAAUUUAUUGCAUGCGAAUUUUAGAAAAUUUUGUUACUUCACGAAUUUGCUCUUUUUGAUAUCUAAAAUUAGAUGAUGACGUCGAGUUUGAUCUGGCAUAAUACUUUAU